CCCAAACCCAAUCUCUAACUCUCUUGCGAAGAGAAGAGAGAGAAGGAAGACGUGGUUAUGAUGCUACAAACCAUUGUGACUGUGGUUCUUCUCCUUAUGCUUCUUCUCAUCAUCAUCUUCCUCUUGUUUCUCUUCAAACCAUGGCGCUUCUUAUUUUCUUCGCGUUCCCGCUCCUCCAUCAAGGGUGAGCUAGAGAGGCCCCUUGUCGCAGAUGAAGACGAUGAUAAUGUAAAUGUAUCAUUUAAUCAGAACAAUGAAUUGCCUAGAGAUUAUGAUCUUGAGGGUGCUUGCUAUCCCAAUGAAUCUCAUUUUCGCUCACCUCUAACCCAUGGCCAUGGACUUAUUCAUAAGCAAAGGCUUUCACCUAAUAUGCCCCAAGGUGAUACUUUGGCUAUUAAUGUAAUCUCUGAUCCUUCUGAAGAUGUUGAUUUUGGUCAAACACUUAAGCUUCCUCCAGCUCACUAUGCUCAAAUUCAAAAGCAUGGCACUCCCAAUUUUCAAAAUGAUAGGCUGCAAGACUUUGUGCAAAGAGAUAUCAUUGAUCAAAGAAGUUGCCUCACUCUGGAGGUUAUCAGUGGUCCUUCUUGUGGACUUCGUUGUUCUGUACAGUCAACAAGCUCUUCUCGUCUACCGUUAACCUUGGGAAGAGUUUCUCCAAGUGAUUUAUUGAUAAAGGAUUCAGAAGUUUCAGGAAAGCAUGCAUUGAUAAAGUGGAAUUUAGAUAAAAUGAAAUGGGAGUUGGUCGAUAUGGGUAGCCUAAAUGGAACAUUUCUGAAUUCCAACCCAAUCAACCAUCCAGACACUGGAAGUAGGCAUUGGGGAGAUCCAAUGAAUCUUGCAAAUGGAGAUAUUAUAACACUUGGAACGACAUCAAAAGUACUUGUUCAUAUUACUUCGCAAAAUCAGCAUCACAUUCCCUUUGGAGUUGGUAUGGCAUCAGAUCCCAUGGCUUUGCGUCGAGGGGGAAAAAAGCUUGCUAUGGAAGAUGUUUGCUAUUGUCAAUGGCCUCUACCCGGGCUGGAUCAGUUUGGAAUUUUUGGCAUUUGUGAUGGGCAUGGAGGAGAUGGGGCUGCCAAAUCUGCAAGCAAACUUUUUCCUGAGAUAAUUGCCAGUAUAUUAUCGGAUUCAUUAAAAAGGGAGAGGGUUUUAUCACUCCGUGAUGCUUCAGAUAUUCUUCGAGAUGCAUUUUCUCAAACAGAAGCAUGUAUGAAUCACUAUUAUGAGGGAUGUACAGCAACAGUGCUUUUGGUGUGGGCUGAUGGCGAUGAAAAUUUCUUUGCACAAUGUGCAAAUGUUGGAGACUCCGCGUGUGUUAUGAGGUCUGUUUCACUAUUAAUUAUUUUUGGCAGUGUCAAUGGGAAACAAAUCAAGAUGACAGAAGAUCACAAGAUAGCAAAUUAUUCUGAAAGACUCAGGAUUGAAGGGACAGGUGAACCAUUGAAAGAUGGGGAAACACGUCUAUAUGGUUUAAAUCUUGCAAGGAUGCUUGGGGAUAAAUUCCUGAAACAGCAGGAUUCUCGGUUCAGUUCAGAACCUUAUAUAAGUGAAGUCGUGCACAUUGAUCAAUCAAACAGCGCUUUUGCUGUUCUAGCUAGUGAUGGUUUAUGGGAUGUCAUCAGCGUCAAGAAGGCAAUUCAGCUAGUGCUCCAGAUGAGGGAGAGAUAUUAUACAGAGAGAGAGAAUACAGCAGAAAAGAUUGCUAGUUUGUUGUUGAGUGAGGCUAAAACACUCAAAACAAAGGAUAAUACCUCUGUAAUUUUCUUAGAUUUUGAUACCUUUAACAGAUUCUCUUGUAAAGUUGAAUCCUAGUAUGAAUUAGGAAUAGUGUUACAGUUAUGGUAAUAUAUAAUUGUUGUUA